CGUGCGCGUAUGCUGUUCUAUAAUUCUAACGCGAAUUUUUCGCAACGUUUGUUGCAAUACACAUUACACUUUAACAAUGAACAAUAUUUUUUUCAGUGGCCACGCGCAGCAUCACCGGAAGCGCACUUCGGUUCAUUUGCCGCCAAACUACCCUGCGUGCCGCUGCGAUGAAGCUGUUGUUUAUCUGUCGGCUCGCGAUCCCCCGUUUACAGCAGGGUGAAUAAUCGUACUGGAAUAUUACGCAUCACGUCAUCGAGUCACUCGAAGUUCAUCGCUGCGCGAAGUUUGUCAGACUGGUUUAAUCGCUCGAAUUUCUCGAACUUCAUUCGACACACCAUGGCCAAGGUUCAGCUAGCGAACGUUGCUGUCCUCGACAAUCCUUCGCCGUUCCUGAAUCCGUUUCAGUUCGAAGUCACAUUUGAGUGCAUCGAGGAGCUUAAAGAAGAUUUGGAAUGGAGGAUGAUAUAUGUGGGCAGUGCAGAGUCAGAGGAUUUUGAUCAAGUUCUAGACACUAUUUAUGUUGGCCCAAUCCCAGAAGGAAGACAUAUGUUUGUAUUUCAGGCUGAUCCACCUGAUGUGAGUAGAAUCCCAGUGAACGAUGCUUUAGGAGUAACUGUUGUGUUGCUGACUUGCUCCUAUAGAGGUCAUGAAUUUGUUCGCGUCGGUUAUUUCAUAAAUAAUGAAUACACGGAUCCAGAGCUUCGAGAAAAUCCACCUCCACAACCACAAUUUGAUAAAGUUCAAAGGAAUAUAUUAGGGGAUAAACCACGUGUUACUAGAUUCAAAAUCAAUUGGGACGACUGUCCAACUGGUACGGCAAACAAUCUGCCAGAAGGCAUGGAAGCGCCAGCAUUGGAAGAUACGUCGCAGGAUGCACCCACGUCUACAUUAGGUUUUACAGAGAAUACACAAAACGGUGGAAUGGAAGUGAUGUGAAAAACUGUUUGCUACUGAUAAGAAUGAAUGAUAAAGUAGUACCUGGAAAAGAAGAUGGAAGUACACACACUCCGUAAUAUAUUUAGAUAAUUUAAAAAAAUCGCGCAAAAUGACCUUCCAUAUAAUUAUCAAUGUUCUAUAAGAGUUUACAUACAUUUUGAAAAGACACUACGUGUUGGUAAUGUGAUAACUUUGUUUGAACAAAAAGAGUGAAAUGAUUGUUAGCAAAAUAGUUGCUCCCACAUUUCUCACAAUGAAAUAACGGUACUGGAUUAUCAUUUUAUUAUCUCUUUAAAAUAGUGUAAUUUCUGCAAAAAAGCUUACAAAUAAUAGCAAAGUGAUAGAAGUAAUUCUAGCAACACCUACAAACGACUAAAUUAAAUACAAUAGAUAAGUAUGAACCAUUUCACUAAUGCAAUAACAAUUUUGACAAUGUUUUCUAAUGUAAUGAUUGUUUUUAAAUUAUUGUGUUUCAUAGCCUAUAUAAUUUGAAAUUGAAAACUAAAAAAGAUUUGUUUGGUAUUUGAAAUAUUGCAUCAUUAUUGCUUAUUAUAACGUCAUGUUGCACUAGAUCGUAAGACAGUUUCCAUUUUUUAUUAGUGUAUAUAUAUAUAUACGUACUAAGAUAAAAAUACAUAUUGUUUUUUACUUGA